AUGGCGGCGGCGGCGGCGAGGACGGAAUCAAGGAACCAGCCGUCGAUCCCGCCGUACAUGAAGGCAAUCUCGGGAUCUCUCGGUGGAGUCGUCGAGGCUUGCUGUCUACAACCCAUCGACGUAAUCAAGACGCGUCUCCAGCUAGAUCGCGGCGGCGCGUACAAGGGAAUCGCACACUGCGGUUCCACGGUGGUUCGCACCGAAGGAGUUCGCGCUCUCUGGAAAGGAUUAACGCCGUUCGCGACUCACCUCACUCUCAAGUACACGCUUCGGAUGGGAUCCAACGCCAUGUUCCAGUCCGCAUUUAAGGAUUCCGAGACCGGCAAGAUCAGCAGCCAUGGCCGUUUGCUUUCCGGAUUUGGCGCUGGUGUUCUGGAAGCUCUCGCCAUUGUUACACCCUUUGAGGUGGUGAAGAUUAGGCUUCAGCAGCAGAAAGGAUUAAGUCCGGAGCUGUUCAAGUACAAAGGACCAAUACAUUGCGCUCGAACCAUCGUGAGAGAAGAAAGCAUACUGGGGCUAUGGUCAGGUGCAGCACCAACGGUCAUGCGAAACGGGACCAACCAAGCAGUAAUGUUCUCAGCGAAGAACGCCUUCGACAUACUCUUGUGGGACAAACACGAAGGCGACGGCAAAGCCUUGCAGCCAUGGCAGUCAAUGAUCUCAGGCUUCUUAGCUGGAACCGCGGGUCCAUUCUGCACUGGACCGUUUGAUGUGGUGAAAACGAGGUUGAUGGCUCAAAGCCGAGACAGCGAAGGUGGGAUCAGAUACAAAGGGAUGGUUCAUGCCAUUAAAACGAUUUAUGCAGAGGAAGGAUUGGUGGCUUUGUGGAGAGGAUUGUUGCCGAGGCUAAUGAGGAUUCCUCCAGGACAAGCUAUUAUGUGGGCUGUUGCUGAUCAAGUCACUGGUCUCUAUGAGAAGAGAUAUCUCCUCAAUGCUCCUCUAUAG